UGUCUCGAAAAGCUAGAGAGUUCCAAAAAGCUGACAUAGAGAGAAAGAGAGAGAGAGAGAGAGAGAGAGAGAGAGAAGUUACCGAGUGAGUGAGUGAGUGGUUCAGUGAGUUGGGAGUGGAACGAUGUCAACAAGUGAGGCAACCGCAACACGGAUAAUGUUGGCAGUGAACGAGUCAACGAUCAAAGGGUACCCUCACGCUUCGAUAAGCAGCAGAGGAGCUUUCGAGUGGACUCUUCAGAAGAUCGUUCGAUCAAACACUUCCGGUUUCAAGCUUCUCUUCCUCCAUGUUCAAGUUCCCGAUGAAGAUGGGUUCGAUGACAUGGACAGCAUAUUUGCCUCUCCUGAAGAUUUCAAGAGCAUGAGGCACAGGGACAGGGCAAGAGGGCUUCAUCUGCUGGAAUACUUUGUUACAAAGUGUCAUCAGAUUGGGGUUGCUUCUGAAGCAUGGAUCAAGAAAGGUGAUCCAAAGGAGGUUAUCUGUCAUGAAGUGAAGAGGGUCCAGCCUGAUCUCCUUGUUGUGGGCAGUAGGGGACUUGGUCCUUUCCAGCGGGUAUUUGUUGGAACUGUGAGUGAAUUUUGCGUGAAGCAUGCUGAGUGCCCAGUUGUCACGAUCAAGCGCAAUCCGGAUGAAGCUCCUCAGGACCCUGUGGAUGACUAAAUUUGAUUCGAAGCAUAUGGAUAUAUUUUGGUUUCAUUCUGUUAAUAGGUGUGGAGACUCUGGAACUACCUAAUUCAUAUAUCAGUGGGGAUAACAAAUGAAUUGCUUUUGUUUUUGGAAAAACACCCCGUGGAUGAAUUGAUGUAUGCAAAAAAUGAAAAAAACCCAACUGCUAUUGGCCUGGCCUUUUAUGU